AUGGACCAGUUCCACGACGGGCACCACGUGUGGCUGCGGAGCCGCGCGCUCGGCACCUACCUCCACGCUGACGACGACGGGCAGGGCGUCUCCCUCCGCGAGAGCCGCGCGUCGCUGAACGCGGCGUGGGCGGUGCAGCAGCUCCACCACCGCUACGACCUGUACCUGCUCCUCCGCAGCGCCGCCUACGGCCGCUACCUCGCCGCCACCAACACGCGGCCGCCGCUCGGCCACCCCGGCUUCCGCGGCUUCCGCGUCGCGCAGCGCAGCUACGUCUUUCUGGAGGUGGGCCCCAUCAUGUGGCAGGCCUUCGGGGCCGGCCCCGGGAACGACGGCGUCCUGCUCCGCGACGUCGACGGCCGCUACCUCCGGGCCAACGGGAAGCACAUCCCCUGGAACCACGGCGCCAGUGUCGACGAGUUCGACCACGUAAGCAACAUGAGGCACUGGAUCGUGGAGCCCAUACCCGCCAGGCAGAGCAGGCCUGACCUUCCAGCUAGGAUCAGGGCCAGCUUCCUCGAAAACCUCUCCAUGGUCAUGUUCGGGCGCGUGGUGGCAGCCGCAGACCGCAGACGCAGGCGGCUUGUUCGGUUCGUGCUGGCGGCUAACGACGGCGCCUACACCGAGGAGGGCUGGUCCGCGUUCCAGUUCACGGGGAGGUCCGUGCAGCACCUGAGGUACCAGUUGGCCAACCACGUCCAGUCCUACAACUUCAUCAUGUGCGUCAGAGCGGGCCUCUACGGGACGCUGACCCCACUCGUCGUCGACCUGCCCAGCGGCCGCAAUGGCGACAUCAUCGAGAUCGUGCUGUUCAGGAACGGGACACCAGGCGCCAAUGCGCUGCGACACCCGGAUGUCGAUGCAGAGUAG